CUGCACAUCUCUUUGCACUGCGAUCCGGACACACCAGCGACACAAAUAAGUGAUGAGUUAGUCAUGCCUGAAACGCAAUUGUUAGAUCUACCCGUCGAGCUAAUCGACGAGAUAUGCAACCACCUAAAUUAUCCGGGGAGAAUUGCGUUACAAAUGACAUGUCGGUCUCUUCACGCCACCGUAUCGAGGAUCAGCAAGAUCAGAUCCCGCAAAACCACUGGCCCGAGAGAAUACACGAUGGAAGAUCUUCUGGAAAUCGAAAUGUGGCCUUGCUAUGACGAUGCCGCCUCUCGCCCGCAGAACCUCCAGCAACCUUUCUCGAAACUGGAUUUCUAUGCUUGCUGCAAGUGCUUGCGGAUAAGACCAGCCUUGCACUUUUCCAAUGCCAUGAUGAAAGGGAAGAGAGGGAAGAGAUCGCAUCCGCAGUGCAGCGUGAAGCAUACGCGCUUCUGCAUUGAUUGCGGUGUUCGACUCUGCAUUUACAAGAGCGGCGAGGAGUUUGAGUACGGAGGCAUGCCUUUGGCCGGGGGUGGAAUAGGUUUCGUGUGCCGUUAUUGCACAAGUUUUCAGGGAAGAUCGCUGAUCGAUUUCUCCGAGAGGGCUUGUAGUCGUUGCGGGAAAAAAUAUCAUCACCAAUCCUACCGUGACUUGGUGUGGAAGAUAGGACAGGGGAGUUAUUAGCUUUUGUACUCCGCAGCCAUACACUUCACAGAAACCCGGAGACGGCACAUCUUGCCCAGUGAAGGAUCUCGCCCCCACGUCGAUCUCGCGUGUCCUUGCUGAAAUAGGUAUGAAGCAUGACGUGCUCAGAGAUCUGGCAACCGUGCACUGGAAAUGAGGUUUUCUUAGCUCCGGUUUGAGGGGUAAACUAUUUGAAGAUUCACAUCGUUUUUCCUUUGUCGGAUGCAACAAUUUAUUCAACUCCUUUGCCUCUUCUAUUUGCUGUGCACAAUCUUUCGUUCGAAAAUGAAAGCAACAUUUAUUCCAG